GCGCGUUAAUCUUUGUGACUAAUCAGGCAGGAAAUGAAUGAAAAUUGUAAUUGUUCUUAACAUUAGUAAGAAUGGGAAGGGGAAUCGUUUAUUGUACUUGUUUAGUAACAUUGUUUUAAUUGAAAGAGGACGACUUGAUAUGAGAUAUUUUGAACAUGUCUAGGAUGAGGGAAUUUAAAGUUGUUGUUUUGGGAAGUGGAGGAGUUGGAAAAAGCGCCCUUACAGUUCAGUUUGUUUCAGGAACCUUCAUGGAAAAGUAUGAUCCUACAAUAGAGGAUUUCUACCGGAAAGAAAUUGAGGUUGAUUCUGCACCUUGUGUUUUGGAAAUUUUAGACACUGCUGGAACUGAGCAGUUUGCUUCCAUGCGAGACUUGUACAUUAAAAAUGGACAGGGUUUUGUUGUAGUGUACAGCAUUACCAAUCAUCAAACAUUUCAAGAUAUUAAAAACAUGAAAGAACAAAUCAUUAGAGUGAAGAACAUGGAUCGAGUUCCAGUAAUUCUUGUUGGAAAUAAGGUAGAUAUAGAACAGCAACGAGAAGUAAGUAACAUGGAAGGAAUGUCUCUAGCUCAACUCUGGGGGUGUCCAUUUAUGGAAGCUUCUGCCAAAAACAAGUGCAAUGUAAAUGAAAUUUUUGCUGAAAUAGUACGUGAAAUGAAUUUUACCCCAGAACUAGAAAGAUCAAAUCACUGCUGUGUUGUCCUUUGAUGUAGGUAUAUAAGAACAAGAAGUUUGGUAUAUGUAAGCCCAACAGUCUCAAGAUAUAGAAGGUAGGCUGUUUAUAUGAAUGGAAAGAAAAAGAAACAAAAAUUAUGUGGAAGAAAACUGUAAGAUGUGACUCCCUUUGACGGCAAAACAUCAUAUUCUGACAAAGACAGCUGCUGUGCAAUUAUAUCUCUAAUCCU